AAUUAGUGUUCAAGAAGUUAUGUCGGAAAAAUUAAAGAAAAAGCCGGGCUUGUUCAGCACCAAGCGAUGGAAUAGUCAAAAGAAUGAUCAUCCCAUAUCAGCGCCGAUGCAAAGCAGUCCGAUUUUGUCACCACCAGUACCCUCCAGGUCCACAUCGAUUGAUAAGACAACGAAACUUCCAGCUAAUGGCAUAAACGAUCUAGUACAAUGUGCUCUCUGCCUAGAACUGCUGAACACGCCGAAAAUGUUACCUUGCCAACAUACUUUCUGCUUAGCCUGCCUCAAAGUCUAUGUAGCCGAUCUCGCCGUCGUCAGCUGCCCCCUCUGUCAUACCAGAAUUCAGACUGGCCCCAAUUUCGUUGAAAGUCUCCCUUCAAAUCUAUACAUUGAUACCCUAUUGCAUAUGGUGGGUAUAAAGGCCGAGAAGACGUCCAGUUCGACACCUCCAACUACUCCAGCAAUCGCAUCUGGAUAUCAAAAUGUAGAUCUGUUUGCAGCAGGAAUGAGAUGCACUAGUUGCAAAACCGUCUGCGAUAAUUCAGAUACGUCAUUCUGUGAACAUUGCAAGUUGAAUUUCUGUUUUGUAUGUUGGUCACAACAUUUAGAGGAUUUACGUAUUCAAGUGGGAUCCAUAUUGAAGCAGCUCGAAACGGCAGAAAGUCGAUUGACCCACAAAAUCGAACACUAUAAGGAUCGCUGCGAACACAUCGCUGAACAAAUAGACCUGGCUGCAGAGGAGAAGAUAAACGCCAUUUUGGAAGCUAAACAUGUUCUUCAAGAAGAGCUAACAGGUUUGCAGAAGUCAAGUGACAUGUCUGCUCUAGCUUUGCAGUCUUCGUUGGACGAGGCAAAGCAAGUUGCUAAUAAAGCGUUUGAGAACACAGAUGAUAUUAACAAGGUCGAAACUUUUGUACAUCUCCACCAAAACACUCUACAAUUGCUGUCGGAUGUCUCGAAAUGGGAUGCUGAGACCUUCAUAUUCGAUAAAGAGAAUUUCAGAAUCGAAUCCGAUGUAUCCACGCCUUGCGAUGCGGAAUCAGACGAUCCUUUGCCAGAAGCGGGUAAACAGAAUAACCCUUUGGAGAGCGACACUAGCCUCAUGCUGCAUUAUAAGUCCAGAAACUUUGUGCCCCAUUACAUGUGGCGCAAGACAGCACGGCCGUGUGGUGUCGGCCUCAGUCCUUGGAACAACAAUCUAUACAUUUGUGACAUGGACAGUCACAGUGUAAUAGUCGUCGAGAGGACACAGGCCAAAAUUGUAAUGAGACUAUCCUGUGAGCAAAUGCUGUGUCCAGUCCAAAUUGCCUUUAUGAAGAGUUUGGGCGAAGUUUAUAUUACAGACAAAUGGAAGCAUUGUAUCCACGUGUUUUCUAAGGACGGGGAAUAUAUAACAUCUAUAGGACAAAAAGGAAGUCGCGCUGGUAUGUUCCGUUCUCCAGAAGGAAUCGCCACAGAUAACGCAAAUCAUCAUAUUUACGUCGUAGACACUGGCAAUGAUAGGGUUCAGGUCCUAGAACCAAACGGUAAAUGCGUAGACCAAUACGGUGUAGGCGUCCGAUCCCAACCCAAAAACACAUCCAGCAUUUGGGAGAUGAAGGAGACAAUGUGCACCGAAUUUAACGCUCCAACAGCGGUAGCGGUCACAAACGACCGGGUCAUCGUGCUCGACAGUGGAAAUCGACGGGUCAAGAUCUACAACAAACACGAUAAGAGCAAAAUCGUCGAAUUCGGGUCAAUGGGUCAAAGAAAAGGUCAAUUUCGACAGCCAGAAGUUCUAGCUGUCGACCCAAUGGGGUAUAUCCUAGUCGGCGAUUCGGGCAAUUGCAGGGUUCAAAUUUUUAAGCCAAAUGGGCAGUUGGUUAGGGUUUUCGGGCGACUUGGCUCCGAGCCGGGUAAAUUUAGCUGGAUUUCGGGUAUACAUGUUACCAAACAGUUAGAUGUGAUUGUUAGCGAUACUAAAAAUCACUGCGUUAAUUUCUUUUAAUCAUAACAGCGUAAAUGAGGUAUCAAGUGUUUAAUUAAUCUUUGAACAGUGGAUAAAUGUAUAGUUCCGUAGUCCUCGACAAUUUACCCUCUACCCAUUCGAUAUGUAUGUACCCACUAAAACACUUAGGGUAACGGUAACUAGAUAUAGCACGAAUUACGAUCCAUAAGUCAAAAUCCAAGAUUUUAAAGAGUGACUUAGCCCGGUCUCUUUACAGACUCUUACCCUUGGGUAUAUAUGUGUUAAAAAGGAUUUAAGGAUAAAAUAAAAUAACAUAAGUUCAACUGCAUAUAUUGUUAAAGAAAAUAGAAUCAUUAAAUUAUAAAAAAAC